AUGAGUGAGAGAGACAUACAAAGCCUGAGCAAAUGGGUUUUCGUGCUCACUCUCUGCCUUACCACGCUGUGGGGAAGACUGACGCUGGCCUCCACCCAUCACAGAAGCCAUUCAGUGCACGUCGAGCCCGGCACGUGCGAAGUCAUUGCAGCUCACCGGUGCUGCAAUAAGAACAAGAUCGAGGAGCGCUCCCAGACGGUGAAAUGCUCCUGCUUCCCGGGGCAGGUGGCAGGGACCACACGGGCAGCUCCCUCCUGCGUGGAUGCCUCCAUCGUGCUGCAGAAGUGGUGGUGCCAGAUGGAGCCGUGCCUCGACGGGGAGGAGUGCAAGGUGCUGCCCGACCUCUCGGGCUGGAGCUGCAGUAGCGGCAACAAAGUGAAGACGACCAAGGUAUGUCCCCAGGCAGGGCGGGGGACUCACCCGGACGCGUUGGGGGACUCGCCCGCUGCAAGCGGGUUGAGCGUUUCCAUCAGCAGGCGCCUGCCCCACUCUCCUCCUCUGCCCACAGGUCACACGAUAGCCCCCGUGCGACUCGGCGCGGGUCCCGGUGCUCCGCAGAGCCGUGAGCAGCAGGAUGUGGCCCGGCCGGGCGGUGCCUGCGGAG